AUGGACAAUGCCGGACUGGGGUGCUCACGCGGUGUGGGCGAAGGGAGAGUUCCCGAGCCCCCGGGGUGGUGCCUGCAGGAGCCUCUCUCUGCAGCCGCCACAGAGCACGGGGCUCUGCUCAGCUACCAGGACCUGCUGAGGACAAAUGCCUCGGGGCAGAUGGAGGUGCUGGCUGCCCUGAAGGAGGAGAUCCAAUCCUGCAAGAGAUGCUGCCAGGGGACGCAGGCGCAGCUGCAGACCGCUCGCACCCAGCUUGGGGAGGCGCAGGCAAAGCUGUCCCAGCAGGAGAGCGCCCUGAAAGAACUGAGCGAGCGCGUGACCCAGGGCUUGGCUGAAGCGGGUAGGGACCGCGAGGGCAUCCGCGCUGAGCUGUUGAGGGCGCUGGAGGCGGCCCGGCUAGGGAACGGCCCCUGCGAGCAGUGCCCCGCGUCGUGGCUGCCCUUCCAGGGCUCCUGCUACCUUUUCUCCGAGCUAAAGGCCACAUGGGAAGAGGCGCAGCACAACUGCACCAGCUCUGGCGCGCACCUGGUGAUUGUGGAAGACCUGGAUGAGCAGGGCUUCCUGAGUCGGAACACGCGAGGCCGCGGUUACUGGCUGGGCCUGAGGACCGUGCGCCGCGCGGGCACCAUCCAGGGUUACCAGUGGGUGGACGGAGUCUCGCUCAGCUUCAGCCACUGGAGGCAGGGGGAGCCCAAUGACUCAGGGGGGCGUGAGGACUGCGUCAUGAUGCUGGACACGGGGAUGUGGAACGACGCACCGUGCAGCGACAACGAGAGGGACAACUGGAUCUGUGAGAAGAGGCAGAGCUGCUGACCCCGCGCCGUGCCCCCGAGCCACGCCCACCGCCACGUAAGCAGUCUGUGAGCUGCUCA